AUGACAGAAGAUAUAAACAAAAUGAAAUCGAUCCGAGCAGCCUACAAAGGACACUGUACACAAGAUUUUAAAAAGGCAGAAAAACUCAUAACUUCAAAGAGUUCAGAUCACGCUGAAUUGGAGGCACUCGUGGACAGACUCACACGAAGAGCUGGGGAAAUAGCGCAGAUGGAUGCUAAAAUUGUGAUGUCUUUGGAGACAGAGGAAGACAUUCUAAAAGACACAGAAUCAGCCCUAUUGUUUCAAGACAAUAUAUCGGACUGGCAAUUCAAAAUUGAACAAUUUCUCAAGAGUAAACAAGAAACACCGGUGAGUCAGUACCAUCAUAGUAGUUUCAAACAAGCAUCAACGCCUCGAAUGCAUAUCAAUUUACCCAAGAUAAACAUCAAAUCCUCUGGAGGAGAUCCACUUGAAUGGCUCACAUUCUGGGAUAGCUUUAGUGCAGCUAUCGAUAAAAAUCUUGAACUAAGUGAUGUUGAAAAAAUGGAUUAUCUAAAUGGAAUGCUUAAAGGAGAAGCAGCGCGCGCUAUCUCCGGGCUGCCAUUGACUGAAGAAAAUUAUAGAAAGGCAACUGAGCUAUUAAAAGAGCGCUUUGGCAAAACCCAAAAUUUGACCAACUCUUACAUGGAAUCAUUAGCCAAGAUCCACGCGCCAUCAAGUGACACAAAAAAAUUAGGGGAAUUUGACUAUUUGUGCGGAGCCAAUAUUCGUGGCUUAGAAACACUUGGAGUAAUGACCGAGUCAUAUGGAAGUUUGCUAAUUCCCAUACUCCUAAAGAAAAUACCCGAAGACAAACGCCGCUUAAUAUUCAAAGCGGAUCCUUUGGCAGAUAGCUCCCUGGAUAGAUAG